CUGGGCGGGGCCGUUCGCCUCGAUGAGCCUGGCCCGGCUUGGGGCGGAGGUCAUCAAGGUGGAGAGAUCCCGGGCCGUGGCGAUCCGGUACGGGGGAACGGCCCCUUCGCCGGACCAGAGGGAACUCACCCCCGCCGCAACUCCGACGAGGACAUCUCCACGCGAUUCCUCAAGCGAACGCAGGGUGUCAAGAGCGUUACGCUGGACCUGAAGACCGAACGUGGCAGGGAGCUCUUCCUCGAGCUGGCCAAGCAGAGCGACGUGGUUUUGGAGAACCUGGCCCCCGGUUCACUCCGGCGCGCCGGUCUUGGUUACGAGGAAGUGGCCGCAGUCAACCCGGGUAUCGUUUAUGCCUCCAUCUCUGGUUAUGGCCAGACCGGUCCGUAUAAGGACAAGCCAGCCCACGAUCCCCAGAUCCAGGGCAUGAGUGGGCUGAUGGAUAUAAACGGCGAGGCCGACGGCCCGCCGGUCAAGGUGGGGUUCUACAUCGGCGACCUGGUCACACCGAUGUUUGCGUGCUACUCGAUACUCGCCGCCCUGCGAGAGAAGGACCGCACCGGAAAAGGCCAGUAUCUCGACGUUUCGAUGAUGGACACCCUGGUCUCGCUGAUGUUCAUGGAGAACCUCGAGGAGAGCAUAGAAGUCGGCCUUCCGCUGCGCACUGGCAACAUCAGCCGCAGCGGUCCCACCGGGUUGUACAGCGCGAUUGGUGGUGACAUCUCCAUCACCGUCACCAGCGACGACCAAUGGCGGCGGAUGUGCGAAGCGCUGGAAUGCCCGGAGUUGCUGGACGACCCACGGUUCGACACGUAUGUGAACCGAACAGACAACGUGGAGGAAGCACGGCUGGAAAUCCAGGAUCGCAUUGGGAAGAUGACCUUGCCGGAAGCGGAGCAAUGCCUGGAGAGCCACGACGUGCCCUGUGCGCCAGUGCGAACGGCGGAGCAGGUGAUGAACGACCGCCACUUCUGGGAUCGCGGCAGCCUUGUCCCGAUGAACCACGGGGCCAUGAACGAGCCGGUGGCAGGGGCGGUGGGCGCGGGCUUCCCGGUACGCUUCUCCGGCGGCGAAUUGCCCCCACUGCCGGGGGCGCCUACGCUGGGGAUGCACAACGAGGAAAGUCCUGACCGGUAUCCUGGGGUUGAGCGAGGCUGA